ACCCAUAUCCAGACCAGAGCACCGAAUUAAAACAGAAGUCCUUACCCAUUGUUCCAAAGGAAGCGAUUCUGAAAGAUAAACCCUAAGCGCGAUCAUUAAAACCCUAGAAUUUCAAUGGUUUGGGAUCGCUAAUUAUAUGGGUGCAUGCGUUUCUCGGUAAGCACAGGUAGCUCUAUACGCGCAAUUCCGUUUUAUUUUGUUGGCGGAUCGAUAGAAAUUUGGAAUCGGGAACAUGGACAUUGAGCAAAAGCAGGCGGAGCACAUUGACUACUUUGUGAAGCAAGCUUCGGCACUCAAGGGAUCGGCGCUAUCCAGCCUGGUGGUCGAAGCCACUUCCCAUCCUUCGCUCUUUGCUUUCUCCGAGAUUCUUUCGGUUCCUAACUUCCUUGAGCUCGAAGGAACUGAACACAGUAUAUUCCUUGAUUUGCUUCGCUUGUUUGCACAUGAGACGUGGAGUGAAUAUAAACAUAUUGCUAACCGUCUUCCCAAGUUGGUUCCUGAUCAAGUCCUGAAAUUGAAGCAGUUGUCUGUGCUUACUCUGGCUGAGACAAGCAAGGUAUUGCCGUAUGAUACAUUGAUGCAGGAGCUGGAUGUAACAAAUGUACGUGAGUUGGAAGAUUUCCUCAUUAAUGACUGUAUGUAUGUGGGUAUAGUCAGAGGAAAGCUGGAUCAGUUACGAAGAUGCUUUGAGGUUCAAUUUGCAGCAGGGAGGGAUCUUAGACCUGGACAAAUGGGUGGUCUUAUUCAAACAUUAGCUACCUGGCUGUCAACAUCCGAAGAUCUUCUAGUCUCAGUCCAAGAGAAGAUCAAAUGGGCAGAUAGUAUGAAUGAAAUAGUCAAAAAACACAAAAAGGAAAAUGAAGAAAGGGUAGAAGACGUAAAGAAGACACUAUCCACAAAGAAGUUACAAACUGUAAGCAGGCCGAUCUUGAGUUACGAGGUCAUGAAGAGAUCUUUUCCGAACACGGUGGAGUGAUGAACUUUGAAGAAGAUCGUAGCCGCUCAAAGAGGAGACGACAUCCUAUAGCUUGAAGCGAAACGUACAGACAUCAUAGAGUGGAUUUGUAGCUCUCCAUUUUUUUCCCUAUCGUGGUUCUGCUCGAAACAAAUAUUGCUGCUAUGGAAGGCGGUGCACAUCCUUUUCCCUUUAAACCUUGUCGGCCAAAAUUCGAUUCAAAUAUUCACAGCAAUAUCUCAUGUUACUUAUACAUUUUGUUUUUGGAUUUCGUGAGAACUUGAUGAUCCCAUUUUGUGACAUGGUUAAGUUAAUGAUAUGCGGCGACAUUUCGGCA